GCAGGUUUGAGUAAGUUAGAGGUCCGUACCGAUUCCACUUACGCCAAGAAUUGCGUCACUGUUUGGCUGCCGAAUUGGAGGAGCAACAAUUGGCAGACAACUGCUAAUGAAGAUGUCCUGAAUCAAAAUGAAAUCCGAGCUAUCGACGAAGCCUGCAAUCAUUUGGAAGUGAAAUUUAAGUGGAUACAAGCUCAUUCCGGCGAAGAAGGAAACGAAGCUGCGGACCGAUUGGCGAGGCUUGGUGCGGCUGAAUCGUUGAGAAUUUCGAAGAGUUGAAACUGGCCCAUUUAUUGGAUGUCUGAAGCAUUUUGAAGAUUGUAUAAUCUCUAACAAUCUUCGGGAUCUUCUCGCCAGAAGCUAACAGAAGUGAAGCAAUGAGUGACCUCCAAGCUUCGUACAUUCGUGCGAAUGAGAAGUUUCUUGUGUACAGUGCUUAACUUUUUGGUAGGUCGCCAAGUUUUUCUCCACAACUUCUCCACAAUUGCUUAUUGGACAUUGUAAAAGAAGAUGUUUUGUUUAAAAAUAGGGAGGAAUCCUUCCGUGGGGGAAUUCGUCCCGAUUUUUUCGCACCAUUUGGAACAAUUUCGCAAAAGAACCCGUGUAUGUACGCAUGAAUACAAAAUGAAACAAACCAGAAAACUCAACGAGAACAUGAUCCUCGUGCUGU